GCAGGAGCAACUGCCCUGCCAACGCCCCCGAACCCUCCUCUCUGUUGUGGUCCCAUCACAUCACACCACCUUCAAUUAAAUCUUCGUCUUCCUCCGCCUCGCCCAGGCCAAUCCCCAGCCCACCGAGAAACCCUAGCUUUACCCUCUACGUCGGUCGGCCGUCCUCCUCAUUCUAUCGCUAGUCUCUGAUGAUGGACGAGCCCCAGGCCAAAAGGGCCAAAGUCACCAGGGAUACAGAUGAUUACAUGCCUGGAAACAUCCUUGAGAUUGAGCUUUGCAACUUCAUGACAUUCACUACAUUGUUUGAAAAACCAGGCUCACGACUAAACCUUGUUAUUGGACCUAAUGGGUCCGGUAAGAGCUCUCUUGUUUGCGCAAUUGCGCUUGGCCUUGGCGCUGACCCACAGGUUUUGGGGAGGGCAACAAGCAUUGGUGCAUAUGUGAAACGUGGGGAGGAGUCUGGGUACAUCAAAAUAACUUUGAGAGGAGAAAACAAGGGGGAGAAAAUCACAAUUACUCGCAAAAUAGAUGUACACAACAAGUCUGAGUGGAUUUUAAAUGGAAAGGUGGUGCCAAAGAAGGAUAUACUUGAGGUAAUCCAAAGGUUCAACAUCCAGAUCAACAAUUUGACUCAAUUUCUUCCACAAGAUAGAGUUUGUGAGUUUGCCAAAUUAACUCCGGUACAACUGCUUGAAGAGACUGAGAAAGCUGUUGGUGAUCCUCGACUACCCAUCCAGCAUCGCUCACUUAUUACUAAGAGUCAAGAACUAAAGAAGCUUGAACGAACAGUUGAAAGCAACCGAGGAUCUCUUAUUCAGCUCAAGGGACUUAAUGCACAACUAGAAAGGGAUGUUGAACGUGUACGGCAAAGAGAAGAACUCCUGUUGCAGGUUGAGUCAAUGAGAAAGAAAUUGCCCUGGCUGCAAUAUGACAUUAAGAAGGCUGAGUAUUUAGAAGCCCAAGGGUGGGAGAAAGAAGCAAAGAAGAAACUCGAUGAAGCUGCCAAUGCUUUAAAUCAACAUAAAAUACCUCUCGAGAAACAAAAGCAAGAAAAAACCGCACAUGAUGCUAACUGUAAAAAGUUAUUUGGACUUUUAGAUAGCAACACGAAGAAAAGGUUGCAAAUUGAGAAGGAUGACAAUUCUCUGGGAGUGCAAGUACAAGGAACAUAUAAUGAAAUAGAAGAGUUAAAGUUGCAAGAAGAAUCGCGUCAGCGAAGAGUCUAUAAAGCUAAAGAAGAGCUUCAAGCUGCUGAAUUGGAACUUGCCAAUCUUCCUGUUUUUGAACAUCCCAAGGAUAAAAUUGAGGAAUUGUUUGCUCAAAUUUGUGAGCUGGAUGAUGCUGCCAGAGAAAUUAGGUCUGCGAAGUCUCAGAAAGAGGGGGAACUAAAUCAAUGUAGGCAAAACCAGAGGCAGUGUGUGCAAAGAUUGGAAGACAUGGAAAGCACUAACCAUAAGAGGUUACAAGCAUUACGAAAUUCUGGUGCUGAGAAGAUAUUUGAGGCUUACAAGUGGGUACAGGAGCAUCGUCAUGAAUUCAGAAAAGCGGUUUACGGUCCAGUACUUCUUGAGGUCAACGUAUCAAAUAGGGUCCAUGCUGACUAUUUAGAGGGUCAUGUUGCCCAUUACAUAUGGAAGGCCUUUAUUACCCAGGAUCCAGCUGACCGUGACUUCUUGUUUACAAACCUCCGGUCCUUUGAUGUUCCAGUAAUAAAUCAUGUUGGAGAUGAAGUUUGUCAUAGGAGGCCUUUUCAAGUUACUGAGGAGAUGCGAAUGCUCGGCAUCUAUUCUAGGCUUGACCAAAUAUUUGAGGCUCCUUAUGCUGUCAGAGAAGUUUUAAUUAGCCAGUUUGGGCUGGAAUAUUCUUACAUUGGGUCCAAAGAAACUGACCAAAGGGCUGAUGAGGUACUGAGGUUGGACAUAAUGGAUCUCUGGACUCCAGAAAGCCACUAUAGAUGGAAUCAGUCACGAUAUGGUGGUCAUAUUUCUGCCUCCGUGGAUGCAGUGCAGCACUCUCAUCUUCUUUUAUGCAAUGUUGAUGUCAGGGAAAUUGAGAGACUCAAAUCCAAAAGGGUGGAGCUUGAUGACAAGAUCUCCACUUUAGGGCAAGAUAUUCAAGCAUUUCAAAGUGAGCUGAGGCAUGUGGAGGACAAAGGAGCUAAUUUGCACAGGGAACGUGAGGAAAUUAACAGCAAUUAUCAGAAUCAGAUGAGGAAACGGCGUGAAGUGGAAAGCCGCAUAAACCAAAGGAGGUUGAGGCUGAAAUCCAUGGAGGAGAAGGAGAACCCAGAUCUCUCUUUGUCAAAACUCCUUGAAAAAAUUGAAGAAUUGAAGGUUAAGCGUUUGCAACUUGCAAUCCAACUUAAGGAUUCAAUCAUUGAUGCUGUUGCUUACCGAAGAGAUUUUGCUGAUAAAAACCUGGUCUCUAUAGAGCUUGAAGAUAAGAUGAAAGAAAUGGAAGCCAACAUGAAACAACAAGAGAAGCUAUCACUUGAAGCAUCAGUCCAUUGUCAGAAUUGUAAGAAGAAAGUGGACGAUUGUCGACGAGAACUUUCAGCUGCCAAGAAGCAUGCAGAGUCUAUUGCCAAAAUCACUCCUGAGCUUGAGCAAGAGUUUGUCAAGUUGCCUGCCACUGUUGAGGACUUGGAGGCUGCUAUUCAUGAUACCAUUUCUCAAGCCAACUCUAUUCUUUUCCAUAAUCCAAAUGUUCUUGAACAAUAUGAAAGUCGUCAAGUAAAAAUAGAUGAUCUUACAAGGAAACUAGAUGAAGAUGAGAACAAAUUAAAUAAGCUGCUUGAUGAAAUCAAUUCUUUGAAGGGAAGUUGGCUUCCGACAUUGAGGAACCUUGUGUUUCAAAUAAACCAGACUUUCAGUCGUAACUUUCAAGAAAUGGCUGUUGCUGGUGAAGUUUUACUGGAUGACCAUGGCAUGGACUUUGAUCGGUACGGAAUACUAAUAAAAGUGAAGUUCAGGCAAGCUGGACAAUUGCAGGUUCUCAGUGCCCAUCAUCAGUCUGGCGGGGAGCGCUCUGUUUCAACUAUUCUCUACCUUGUUUCUCUGCAAGACCUAACAAAUUGUCCGUUUAGGGUGGUUGAUGAGAUAAAUCAAGGUAUGGACCCUGUCAAUGAGAGAAAGAUGUUUCAGCAGUUGGUCAAAGCUGCUAGUCAACCAAAUACUCCACAGUGCUUCUUACUCACUCCAAAGUUGCUGGAAGGUCUUCAAUACAGUGAGGUAUGCACCGUACUGGCUAUAAUGAAUGGCCCUUGGAUUGAGCAGCCAUCAAAAGUAUGGAGCUGUGGGGAAAACUGGGGAUCUAUUGUGGGCCUGCUUGGGGGAAGUCAGUGCUGAGAAGCUUCAGUUCACUGUGGUUGAUAUGGCAUUAUUUUUGUAUAUUUAACACUGAUGAGAAGUUGU